AUGACUGGUCCUGGACCUGAAAUAAAUAAGGAGGAGCACCCCAGUUCUCCGGGCAAGAAACAGAUAACAUAUAAUAGUAUACCCAAGAAUGCAAAUCUAAUUGAUGGAUCUACGAAUUCAUCGAAGAGGCCAAUUGAAAAGUAUGACAAGAGAAUAGCCGACCCAACAAAAAGCUAUUUUCCACAUAGCAUAUCAAGAACACCAAGGAGAAAAUAUACUUACAUUCUAGUCCUCACAUCACUAAAUGGAACUUUUGAGAGCAAACAUGUGGUGAUACCAUUUAAACCAGAUGGUUUGAAAUUGGGAAGGCCUGUUGCUAAUAGUAAUAGCAGCUCCAGUUCAUCGCUCAGGGGCGGUAAAAGAGUGGAUUCACACACUUUUUCCCAAGUAAGGUCCGAUAAUGGUAAUUUCGAUUCAAGAGUACUCUCCAGGAAUCAUGCAUUGUUAAGUUGCGACCCGCUCACGGGUAAGGUAUAUAUACGAGACUUAAAAUCCAGUAAUGGUACGUUCAUUAACGGUCAAAGAAUUGGCUCAAAUGACGUAGAAAUCAAAGUUGGCGAUGUGAUAGACUUGGGAACAGAUAUAGAUACGAAAAUUGAGCAUCGAAAAAUAAGUGCCACAGUUGAAGAACUAUUUGUACAACCUUUAUUAGAAUCACCGAUUUUUGAAAAUGAAGAUAGUGAUGAUUGCCAUACAAUUACAGAAAAAGAGGAGGCUGCUGCCAUAACAAGUCACAUAUAUGGUGAUUCCAACAACCUAGAAUUGGAAGAAGUUAUCCUGGGCUCUGAUACAGAAAUACUGAGUGGAAUUUUUAUUAAUAAUUGUAUUGGUACGAGCCCGACUUUAUCUAAUAUCAUCAAAACCCUGGCAAUGGAAAUUCCAUUUUCCAAAUGCGAUAAUUUUAAAUUACAGUCGAUGGAGAAUUUCUUAAUUAAUUAUACGACACAUCUAGAAUACACGAACAAACUUUUAGUGGAAAAAAAUGAUCAGCAACUGGUAAAGCUGCAAAAUGGAUUAAGAAGGAAACUGUCGGGGAAAUACGAAAAGAUUAUCGAACAAAACAGAAAUCAAGUAAAACAGUUGGAAAGGGACCAUAUGUUUUUCAAAAAGUCAUUUGAAGUGAAGAAAAGAAGAAAUAAUGAAAAGCAAAAAAGCAUGGAAAGGGAAAUAGAAGACUUGAAAACUAGGUUAGAAGUGGAACGAUAUAAGAAUUCACAAAUGAUGAAGAAGAACAAACAGAAAGAACAAGAACUCUCAACUGCAUCUAAAAAAAAGACUACCGAACAUGACACUAGAGGCGUCCCGGGCAUGAAUCCUAAGGGUACUGACAAAUUUAGCAUCAAGAACACGCUAUGUAAUCAUUUCACACUAUUAACAUUUGGAACUAUUUCCAUCGGGAUUAUAGCUAUUGUCUUCAAGAUCCUUUCCCCCAACUAG